UAACCAUGAAAUUUUAAAGUGCCUAUCAACCUUAGCCAAAGUACAUACUAAUAGAAACUUUGUGUGUUUCUUAAACAUAUUUCGAAGAAAAAAAGUAAAUUCCUUUAUUCCCUUUGAAAAAUGAGCACAUGAAUUCCCGUAAAACCAGGAAUUCUCGCCCCCUUCGAUUUUCAUACCGCGACAGAAAAGGACUGGGUACUAAAUGAUUAUGUGACGUCGACCCGGUAUCUCAUUCUUGCACGUUGUUUAGUUGAUAUGCGUCUUUGUGUAUAUGUCUUCGAGAAUAAAGAGUUUUAAAAAAUGCCGAAUAGAUGUGUUGCAGGCGGUUGUUCUAACUUCGCCGAUGUAGAGAAAGGAGUUGUUCUGCAUAGUAUUCCAUAUUUGAACGACCAAAGGCCAGAGGCAAAGAAAAGAAGGCGAAAAUGGGUUGAGUUCGUGAAGCAGAAACGUGCCAAAUGGGAACCAACCAAGAACUCGACUCUGUGUUCUCUGCACUUUAGUCCCGAGGAUUUCAUGAGGCGCUAUGCUUUACCAGAUACUGUGACAAAUCGCCCGAUCAUCCCAAGACUGRUUAGGGAUGAUAUUGGAGUCACAGCCAUCCCAAGUGUACACGCAAAGUCUUUGUCCUCAGCCGCGACUGUGAAAGAAAAGACGGAGGCCCAAUCGAGCCGAGAUCRAAGAAUGUCUCUCAAGAGCACAAAGAGCCGAAUGGCAUCUAUACAAGAAGAACAGGAGCCAAAACAAAAUGGCGAUGCAGAGUGUUGUACUAUUGAGGCUGAAGCUGAAUCUGGAUUCGAUGCGGAAAUCUCAGGAAAUACACAAGACAGUUUUACGCAAACUGAGGAUCAGACUAAAGAUGCAUGUCAAAGUUGCACAAGGCUCCAAAGUCGUAAUCGACAGCUUCGAAACCAGCUUAUAACCGUGAGAUCAAAAAUUAAAAARUGUCAAAACGAGCUGAAAUCUACUAAAAAAGCUUUAACUAAAAUUCAAGAAACAGAAAUAAUAUCUGAACCUCAAAUUUCCCAAGAGAAUGAAAAUGAUGGUGAUGAUGAUGUUGAUGAUGAUGUUGAUGAUGAGUCUGAUUCUGAUGACACCAUGGAAGAAGAGCCAGACUUUUCAUCAGAUGCCAACUAUGAUACCGAGAUGGAAUCUGAGACGGACCCUGAAACAGAAAAUGAAGAUGCCCAGGAAGAAGAGAGCAGAGUUUUUUSCAAUGAUGAAAACCUCAGAACACAACCAAAGUUUAUUGUGUUUUGGUCACAGCUCCUUCUCCUUUUUCGCUUUUGCCAUACUUGUAAAGCAGAUGGCCCUCUUAUAGAAGCAAAGCAAGUGGGUACUAUGGUUGUAGUCACAUCAACUUGUGGAAAUAAGAACUGCCAUUCGAGAGWUGUUGUAUGGAAAAGUCAGCCAAAUAUGACUGGGACAAAAAUUCCUGCCGGAAAUUUCCUGCUUUCUUUUGCCAUUCUUCUCUCUGGGGCUUCGGCAUCGAAGACCAUUCAGAUGUUCAAGCAUAUGGGGCUAUGCUGUUUCUCACUGGCAACUUUCUUCAAACAUCAMAAUGAAAAGCUAUUUCCAGCRAUUCAUCUGUUUUGGAAAUCAUACCAAGAAAAUGUUUUGGAGAAAUUGAAAUCACUUGCUACCCCUCUUGUGAUUGCUGGUGACGCUCGCCAUGACAGCAUGGGCCACAGUGCCAAAUAUGGAGCUUACACCGUGUUUUCUUGUACUAUUCCUCUGAUCAUCGCCUUUUCACUUGUUCAGAGAAAUGUUGCUGGUAGCAGCACGGCUAUGGAGUUCCUAGGCUUCAAGAACUGCAUGGGCUAUCUCCUUGGUAGUGGUCUUGCUAUUGGCACAAUAAUAACAGACCGGCAUGUGUCUAUCAGAAAGUACACGAGGGAACAGCUAUCACACAUCACACACUAUUUUGACCUUUGGCAUUUAAAGAAAAAAAUCCACAAAGUUCUAACAAAAAUAAGUAAAGAAAGUGGGUGUUCUGGUUUGGUUGAGUGGAUAAAGCCUUGUCAAAACCAUUUUUACUGGAGUGCUACUUCCACUUUGUCAGGGAAUAGCAAGGUUAUAUAUGCCAAGUUCAAGUCCUUCCUUAGCCAUAUCAUUAACAAACAUGAUAAGUUGGAUGACCCACUGUUUGACAAAUGUGCAAAUGGUGAAUUACAAGAAAGGAAAUGGUUAAAUAAAGAUUCUCCUGUUUAUGAAAAAAUAUGUAAAUCGCUGGGUAAAACCUCCUUGGUAAAUGCAAUAAAGCAAGCCUCACCACUUGCACAGACAAGCUGUCUCGAAGGUUUUCAUUCGGUGGUGAACUACUUCUCUCCAAAGAUGAUAGCUUAUUCCUAUGUUGGAAUGUAUUGCAGGCAUAUCAUUGCGGCCUUGCACUUUAAUUUGAACUUGCAGCGUGACAUCAGGAAGAGACCAGAUGGGUCAGAUCAAGUAAAAGUAAUCUGGCCCAAAUUCAAAAAUGGGGAAGCGACUGUGCGUGAUGUCAGAGUAAAACCACAUUUUGAAUAUGUAGAGGAUAUCUACCAGUCUUUUCUCGUGGCACACCAAGAUGGCCAGUUAGCAACUGCUAUUGAGGAACUGAAAAACAUGACCCCUAAACCAAUGAACACCAUGCUUGAAAAGCAGGACAAGGCAGUGGCAAUUCAAAUUAGGGAACAGAGGAAAGAGAUGAAAGUUGUUGAUGUUCCCCCUACAGCAUCAGGUAUCUUUGUUUCAGAGACAGAAAUUCCAAGGCCAACUAAGACCCCACAGUGUUCAGUCUGCAAAAACCCAAUGAAAGGACAUAAAUAUGUAACAGAUUGCCCUAGAAAUCAGAAAAAUGCUAACUAGUAAAGUUUUUAAAUCAUUCAAUAAAGUUAGUCAAAGUUGAGACCAACAAUGAUUAUGGGUACAUUCAAUACAUCUCAUAUGUUUCAAGUGCUCGAUAACUAUCUWUUAAUGACUUACUGUAUUGAAAUAAACUUGUAUAUAUUGAAACCAAUUUUUUAACACUAACCUUAUACAGUACUAUACAGUUCUUACGAAUUUGUGUCAAAUAGAAAUGAUAAAAAUGAAAGAAAGAUACUUGCACUGAUUUUUUGCUACAAUAUCUAUUUCACAUAUUAGUGUUUCUGUCCUAGUAUACUAUUAUCUCAAUGAUAGAGAUGAUUAUAAUUGACAUGAAAUAUUUAUUCAUCAUUCUCCUCAACUUCRAAUCCAAUGUAUUCAUUGUCAUUAAAUUUUUCUCUAAUUUUGUUAUAUGCACAAGCUGGCAAAGGUAUUCUUCUUCCACCCAAGUAACCAUGGACAAGGCGUGUGAAUUCCCUAUAUGCAAUACUACGCAGGAACCUGAUGAAAAAAAAAAUUCAAAACUAUAACUUGGGGAAACUUAAAAAUCCCAGCUAAUAAGCCCUCAUUCGUAAGUGUUUUUUCCUUCCAAAUAUCGGYUUAUAACUGAUAGGGCUUACAACCAAGUAGGAAGAAAAAAUAAUGGUAUAUUUUAACUUUUGCUUCGUGUUCCCAGUCAAAAACUUAUACACGUAACAACGAAAUAAAGACAAUACUGUAYGCCUUAA